AUGUCCAGCGAUGAGGCAUGGCGGCAGAUUCAGGCUCUUGAAAAGGAGCUGAAGCUGCUCAAAACUGGUGGUCCCGACUUUACUCUCGACCAUUUCCUUGUGCGUUGCGAGGACCGCCUUAAAACCCUUCAAGCCAUUGCUGGCAAUGAUGACCUUCCUGAAACCACCGCUCUUUACAUCUAUGAUUUGUUUGGAACUAUUGGUGAUCUCGCAGCGGGGCUGCUGAACAUCGAAAAUGCGACCCAAGAUCUUCAAAUUUCGACUGAGCAAGCAGUCAGGGAUACAGCUUCGCAAAUGAAAUGGACGGACUCAGAAGACGAUUUUCCAGAACGCACACCAGAAGAGUUUGCUGCUCAGCUCCGGGCAGACUGGAAAGGGCUCUGUGAUUGGUUUCUCGCUAAUAUAGGAAAUCCCAUUGUCAAUCCUUCGAAACCAUGGCCCAUGCCCUCCAACUCUUAUGACCUAGACGAGUGUGAACAUUGGGUCGCUGAAGUCCGCCGACGGUCAACUUGGGAGAAAAUUUACCUCAAGCAUGCCCAUUCAAGCAUGGAGCGAAUGCAAACCCUGUGCAGUCAAAUACUCCAACGGGAUGGGUCCUUACUCUCCGACACACUAGAUGUAUCCGCUGACGUGCGUCAAGACUUUGUCGCAAUGAGAGAAAGCAUCAUCCAAACCUGUAACGAUCUUGCUGAGGAACGAAGCAAGCCUUCUCCGUGGUUCGAAAUGGCCAUACAACUUCUUGAGAGCUUGCCCCCGUUAGAAGAUCUGGAGGAUCAAGAAUGGGACCACGACGACGAGUUCGACGACUUUCUGGACGAUUCAGAGUUGGAUAACAAUUCAGUAUCUUCCAUUGAGUACAGCAUUAAACCUGCCACCGACCAUCACCUGGUUCAUAUAGUUCCUAAUCAUAACACUAUCACUUCCGAAACAUCUAAUAAUCCUUCCACUUCGAGACAUAGCCCUAGUUCUUUCUCGAGCAAAGGCCUCUUCUCGCCGACCACUGAUACCCGUAUACAACACCUGGAAGAUGUCUCUCUUCCAUCUCUCCCUCAGGUGGAGGCGUUAGAACAAUCAUAUCUGUUCAGUAAUAUCAUUGGAUCUAAGCGGACAUUCGACCAAUGUCCCCCUACAGCCAAACUACCAUCUGCCAAGUCUUCGCUUGUGAUGCACACUGUACCUCAAUCGUGCCCAAAAAGAAAACGACUUGACGGUCCUUCCCCCUCAGGACUUUCUCUCCUCAUAGGAACCAGCAAAUUUGAUGGCUCCCCAGUACAACAGUCAACAAAUUUACAAGUUGCAUCUCCAGCUUCCUCAGCUGCAUCUUCACCUUCUUCAACUUCGUCUGGGUCAGAGUCUGGCUCUCCUGCGCAAUGGCCGUCACCUAGAAGCGACGAAGAGGAUGCACCAUCUGUCAAGAGUCAAGGCAAGGACAAGCCAACUGAAGGCCCUCUUUGUGAUCAACAACAGAACAGACAACAAGAGCCCGCGGCUCAUGUCGCCUCUCAGGUGACCAGGAAAGAUGGCUCAGAUCAAAUACAAAUCUCCCAAAACGAGCCGCCUUCAAAUGUGGGCUUAGCCGGUCAGAAGCUACAAAAGCCAUCUCAAGUACAAAUCUCUAUAACUCGCAAGAGGAAAUGGGAGGAUGUUUGUCCAUCCCAGGACACGGACCUUCGUAGUCUCUCCCCGGAGAUACCCAAUCCUGCUCCUGUUCAGGAUGUCGAUAGUGCAGUUGACAGUGUGAUAGCUCAAUACGACAACACUGCACCGCAAGGCUUUAAGGCAUCCAAAAGAGUUGACAGAUUCACCUGUCACAACUGUCUCAGUUCAACCACCAUCUCGGCCAUCAAAACGUUUCAGAAUCUCGUCGAACCUAGAUGCAUCAUAGUCAAGGAUCGCGGAAAUGCUCACUGGCCUAAUGUAUAA